AUGGGUGAGAUCGCAUGCAGUAUACCAACGCCUCCGAGCAGUGAUGAUGCUAUGGAUAGUGGUAAUGACCAGCCCACACCUCAGUCUCUGCGAGAUAUAAUCGAAGCGGAGAUCAGACAAUAUGCAUUCAGACAUGAGAUUAUCCUGCCUAGCCCAUUUAAUACAACUCGGCCUCUGCAAACCCCGUUGGGGGAACUGGACGAAAAAGAGCUAGGGCAUCUCCGCAUUCAUUCCUCACGACUUCAAACAAUGCUGCAUAAUGCAAUCCAGUCCGAACUAGCUUGCUUAACCACAACCGGAUUCCCUUCAAAAUUUUCUAUUGUUUCACCAAUAUCGAAUCUUCUCUUCUGGGAUGAAACCCAAAAGGAGAAGUCCACUGAGAAUGAAGAACCCUGCAAAGACGAUGACGACUGUAGUAUCGACGGCUGCGAAUGUCAUCGUGCAGUUAAGCCAAAUGACAAUGAAAGCUCCAAGGAGACUCCAGAAAAGUCUCAAGAUCAAAGCCUAGGGUCUAUCAUCGGCGAUGAAGAUGAUCCUAACAAGCAACAUCUUGAUAUUGGUAUCAAUUUCCCUCACAACUUGCAUUGUAUCAUUCAAUAUAUGAAUGGCGAGCUACCAUCAUCAACCGCGCAAAUCCUGAGACUGGAAACUCCCGCGUCGAAGAUGAUACCGGUUAUUGAGGCUUUGCAGAGACGCGAAGAGCUGCCAUUAUGUGAGGAGCUUAUCCAUGGUGAUCAAGAAACUGUGCCGCGCGUGAUCUCUAACGAGAUGACCGAGUUCAUCAAGUUACUGGGAGAGAAUGACGCUCGAAAGGUGUACGAGAGCUUGCAGAUUUCAGAAAGGAUUGAAGAUGAGGUUCCAUCUACUAUAGUUGAUUAUUUGCCCGCGCUCAAUAAACGAGUCUCAUUGUACCAAGAAACAACAGCGUUUUAUCAAAACUCUAGUCAGAAAGUCCUACUCAUUUGUCCGUCUGAAAAGAUUGAGGGCAUCCGCAGCCAGCUCGAGAAGACGAACAUUCCCGCAGAUGAUAUCCAUACCCUAGACAAGGACGCCAAGUAUGAUUUGUCUGAGCUGUGGACAACGAAUCCUUACCGUAACAACGAUCCCCACUUACUGGCUCGCCAUCAAAUUGACGACUUGAGAGUUCGGUCCCAUAAGAUGCAAAAGGAAAUGGAAGAACUGGCAGAAAUCAUCAAAAGCCCUCUCUCCAAUAGCUCCAAAGUGCUGGAGUAUCUAUGCCAAUCUGGAAUUGUUGAAGCCGAUCGCCACUUCCACGCAUUUUGGGACACCGAGUUCAAUGGCAAGAUCGAAACAGGGACUCAUACCGAUUUUCCCCUUUCUCAAAAGUACAAGUUGGUAGCCGCUUGGAUUGCUGGAAAGUCAAUUGAUGAUCUCCUCGAAUACACUACUCCAGCCCAAUAUCAAGAUAUAUGGGAUGCGGAUGAAGCAACACGAAAGACUUCAUACGCGAUUUGGGAGUGUGAGAUCCGACAGACACAUAUCAAGAAGCUGUUGAAAAUCCUCGAAGAUUUCAGCGAAUGUCAGCGAGAGCUUAAUCAUUAUGUGAUAGAGCACUCAAUGCGAGUUUCAAAGGUCCUCAGUAAACGCGUCAUUCUCUGUGCUGCCCAAGAUAUUGCCGCAUGCUUGCCUCAAUUAUCUUGCAUCAAAGCGGAUACAGUUCUGGUCCAGGGGGCAGACCAAAUAGAUGAGGGAUUUCUACUUGCCGCGUUGCCGGAAAAUACAUCUCGUCUCGUCUUGAUCAAAGAGCAUCGAUCAUCGCAAGAUGGAAGUCAGAAAGAUGGCGAAAGCUCGCAUCCAGAGCCAAUCAGUAGCUCUCUAUGGGUUAGGCUGGAGACAGCUGGCUUCCCUGUCACCAACUUCACCUGGCAAAAGAAAGACACAUCUGAUGAAGCGAACAAGGAUGAAUCAGGUAAUAAGAAGGAAACGAACAAAGAGGUUGCUGCAUUGGAUACCGCGUUGGAGAACAGCGGGGCAUGGAAGAAAUUGCAGGAAAUGGUAGGUUUGGAAGAAGUGAAAGAACGGGUUCGGCUGUUGCAUCAGCAAGCCAAGGUUAAUGCACAGAGAAAGUCUAAGGACCUCUCUGUGCAUCCAAUCUCUCUAAAUGGAGUCUUUCUUGGUCCACCAGGAGUCGGCAAAACAACUGUUGCCGCACUCUAUGGUCAGAUUUUGGCCGAUCUGAAGCUGCUUAGUAUAGGUAGAGUGGUCGAAAGAUCAGCCCCUUCAUUGAUUGGAGAGUACAUUGGAGAAACGGAGAAAUUUGUCCGCGACGCUAUUAAUUCUGCUGAAGGAGAUGUGCUUGUCAUUGAUGAUGCCUAUGCAUUCUGGGGCGGACGACAAGGCAGUCACUGUUUUCACAAAGCUGCCAUCGAUGCACUUGUCACUAGUGUAUCGAAGAAUGGUACGAAAGAUCAGUGCAUUCUCCUUCUUGGUUACGAGCAUGAGCUUUCUGAGAUGAUGCGACAGGCCAAUCCAGGAUUGCAGAGCAGGUUCCCCCUUGAGAUGGCCUUCAGAUUUGUAGGAUAUACCCUGCCACAACUCGAGGAUAUCUUGGAUUUGCAACUCAAGAAGGAUGGAUAUUCACUAACGGAUGAGGCGCGGUCUGCUGUUCUUGCUAUGAUACGGCAGGCGAUGAUCUCUCCUCGCUUCGGAAACGCUCGUCAUGUCCAAACACUCCUAGAUACCGCAUACUUGUCGCUGGGUAAAAGAGCACUGGAAAAUCCAGAACAGGAUCCAACGAUCCUGGAGCCAGAAGACUUUUCGAAGGAUUGGAAUCGAGUUGUUGAUGCCGAGACGGAGUGUAGAAGCCUAUUUGAAGGCGUGGUUGGGUGCGAUGCGCUGAUUGAACAGCUGCUCGACUAUACACGGAUUGCGAAGAAGGCAAAUGAGCGGAAACUGAAUGCUCGUGAUUACAUCCCAUUCAACUAUGUUUUCCGAGGGCCUCCAGGCACCGGCAAGACGACCACAGCACGCCGAAUGGGUGAGAUAUUCUAUCGAAUGGGCCUUUUGGCUACAUCCGAAGUCAUCGAAUGCUCAGUCACCGACAUGAUCGGCGAGUACGUCGGGUCUACAGGACCGAAAGUCCUGGAGGUAUUCGAUCGUGGGCUGGGAAAGGUCCUCUUCAUCGACGAAGCAUACCGUCUCUUCCCAGGACCAGACCAGAAGGGCAGUUUUGCUUCUGAGGCAAUCGGGGAAAUAGUCGGCGCUUUGACUAGUCCCAGAUUUCAGAAUAACAUGGUAGUGAUUCUGGCUGGCUACGGACCAGGCAUGGACUCUCUUAUUGCCUCGAACCCGGGUCUGCGAAGUCGUUUCAAGCAGGUCAUGACCUUUGACAGUCUAAGUGGCGAGCAAUGCGCCCAGUUGCUGGUGCAGGUACUCAACAAGCAAGGAGUAUUGGAUACGUCGCCUGUUGGUAUUCCGAAACAUGCAACACAUACGGACUUGUGUAAUCUGUUCACGGCCCUAUCGAAAACAGAAGGCUGGGGAAAUGCUCGCGAUGUCAACAUGCUGAGCGAGGAUAUCACUUGCCGGGUGAUUCUGCAGUCAAGCAGCUCUGCUGAUCCGUUGACUGUUAGUCGAGAUGUGAUUUAUGAAUCCCUGCUGGCCUUGGUUAAGCGCCGCGGCGGUCGCCAGUCUGGGCCUAUCAAGCCGCAAAACAAUAAUCGUUCUCAGUCGGCGCUUGAUCGCGCUAACCAGUACGCAAGGAGUCAGUUCUAA